GCUCUCUGGGUAGUUGUGCAUGUCGGAACUUCACUUUAAAAUUCUUGUCCCUAAUGUUGCUGCUGGGGCGAUCAUUGGAAAAAAAGGAGAAGCUAUCGAAACAAUCAAACGUCAAACUGGAGCAAGGCUCAAAAUGUCUCGAGCAGAUGACUUUUAUCCGGGUAAUUCAACUCGUUUUGUAGUUUAUUUGUUAAGGAACCACUGAGAGAGUGUGUCUCAUUGUUGGCACACUUGAAGCAUGCAUACAGUUACACGAUUAUGUAAUGGCCAAAAUAAGCAAACGACCUCAGAAUAUAGCUAUAAUAACUCCAACGGGAGUUAAUUGCAUGGAACGUCAUAAGCAGGCAAGUUGUCGCUCUAAAUAAUUAGCUUUUGUUACUGAAGGUUAAAAUUUUAGUCCCUGACAGUACGGCUGGCAUUAUCAUUGGAAAGUUUGGGAACUUUAUUGAAAGAAUCAAGGAAGAAAGCAAUGCUUUCGUUCAAGUUUCUCAAAGGCCUAAAGAUAUUAGAUUGUUUGAACGCUGCAUUGUAAUAACAGGCGAGUUAAAAGAAAGGCGAAAAGCAGUAGAAAUGAUACUGUAUAAAAUCCUUGAGAAUCCUGAUUCAGCUUGUUAUUCAAAUUGCUCUUAUUCUCAAGUUAGGGAACCAGUGGCUAGUGCAUUUUCAAUAGGUUCCCCAUUUGCAAUUACGUACCGCCCUCCAGUAGAUAUGAAUUACUCAAUUAUAGAUUCGGAGUGCAAGUCAAAAAUUUCAGCCUCAAGUCUUCCUGAUGCAAGUCUGUCAGCUGUAACUUUUGAACACGAGUCUACUACCAAUCAAAUCGAUCCCCUUCUCUGUAAUCAAUCUUUAUCAAUAUCACCUGCAAAUGCUAAUCUUGAUUCAAUAAUUCCUGUUAUUCAUUGGAUCGAUCAAAGUUUUGUAUAUAGAAGCACUAAUGCAGUUGUCAGUUUAACUUCAUGUGACACUGUGUCUCAGCCGUUGGUGGCCCAAUCAAAUCUAACUGAUCAGCCGGAACCUGUUCAUUCUGACUUGGGUUUAAACCAAGUCUUUUAUCUCGGACAUCCUUCUGCCUGCUGUCCAAGUUUUAUGCCACAAACGUACGGUAUUCAGAACUAUAUCCCACAAUCAUUGAUGAAAGUAAAUGAAAAGAUCGCUGUAGCGCCAACAUUAGCACCUAUAACCCAAACCGCUGUUGAAAUCAAUACACUGAGUGAUCCUUAUUACUUUAUAUCAGGUGGUCAACAGGGUGAUAGUUACCUAACAACUUUAGGAAACAAAGUUGAAUGUAGUGCACCUUUCGAAAAUCCAAGAGAUAAUAACCACUCACAUUCUCGUUAUUUUAGUGGAGAGUCGGUUGAUUCAGCUUUCACAGAAAGUGUACUCAGUGUCAAGCUCCAAUCAUCUACGGAGGAUUUUAUGAGUGACCUAUUUCUGCAGAAACCGUGUUACCAUCAAAACAAGCAGACAUAUCAAGUUCAGACGAUGGUAUCGCCUAAUUCAGCGUAUUCAGUUUGUUCAAGUACUGAAAGCUAUAAAAAUUCUUCUCCUCCCAAUCAACAAUUACUUGUUAAUUCUCAAAGAUCAAAUCUCCAGAAUUCCCUCGUCAAUAAUGAAUCAAACGAUAAUUUUGAUCAAUCAUUGUCAAAUCAACUCCAAACAUCUGAAUUUGCCUGCUUACCAACUGAGUCUUAUGGAUCUACUGUUGGAGGUGUUCUACUAGUCGGCACGGUACAACAGUUACAUAAUACACUUAAUUUCUUAGAAUGGCAAGCCAAACAACAACAUUUGUUGUAUAGUUCCACAUCAGGAAUUAUUACAUCUACUGAUGAUCAAGUAAGAAAUGUAUCCAGUCUUCCUCCAACCACAAUAACAGCAUAUAAUGGGAAUCCAAUGAAUUUCUGUCACACAACAUCAUUUAGUCCUGAUGUGUCUUUGAAGUUGGACACAAUCCAACCAUGGUCAAUACCCAGACAUCUGGCGCCGUUAAGUUUAAAUGUACCGAUAAAUAAUCGGUGUUAAUAAAUAUAAAGCAUUUAUCUAUUAAUUGUUUAAUCAUGAAAUUUCUAUUAUUUUGAUGCAAAGAUUUACUUUAUUCAUAUUUACACUACUCUCUCAUUCAACUCUACUUUUUUAUUCACUAUUGAGUUUUAAAUAACUUACGAUUAUUUAGUAAUUUAUUGAUAGUUGUGUCUUUUUUCACAUAUACACUAUUUUUUAUUUUGGUUUAAUUUUGUUACCUUUUUUUCUCUUUUGGUACUUAUAUGGUUACCCGGUGUUGUCGAACGUUACAGCAAAAUGUAUUUUCAAUAUAUGUUUAUAUAUACACGUCCCUCUCGGUAAUGCGUCACAGGAAUAGAUCACACUUUACACUUUUACGUUAAGAAUAUUAUUGUUCUUACCAUUAUUAUUAUUAUUAUUAUUAUUAUUAUUAUUAUUAUCAUUAUUAUUAUUAUAGUUGCUACAGCAUUUAUUUUCAACUUGUUGGUUAUAGUUUCUAUUCUGAAAAAUAACAUUUUCUCUAGCUAGUGCGUUUCUUAUGGGUCAAUCUAUACAUAAGUUUGUUGUUUAACAAGAAAUCGUGACCUAAAACACCCUUAAUUAUUAUGUUACCUCUGCCUCUCCCCUAUUCAAUCCAUAAAGAAUUGACAUUGUCAGUUUCUUCAUGCCUUAUCGAAUACCAUUAUUAUUAUUAUUAUUAUUAUUAUUAUUAUUAUUAUUAUUAUUAUUAUUAUCUCAUUAUACUUUAUAAUUUUUCUUAUAUGAAAUACUACCUGAAAUUUUCUAUUAAUUUGUAAUCAAUUUGGGUCUUCUUUUAAUCAACAUUUAUUACUGGUUAAUGAAUCCUCUUUUCCGAAAUCAUUAUUUUGAUAUUUUGUUUUCUUUACUGAUGUUAUUGUUAACCAAUUAACUAAUCACCUAAUCGAUUAUUGAUCUAGUUAACGUUUUUUUACUGAAAUCAAUUUUUUCCGAACAUUAACUUAAUAUAUGCAUUUUCAUCUAUACUUUAUCAUUUAUUAUAUUCUGAGAAAUAUGGUUGGUUUUGUAUUUACUAAUUGUUUGGUUUUCUGAUAUGUAUAUUUUGUCAUGUUAUAUUGUUAUUGGACAUUGUAAGAUAAGAAAUGCAGCACAAAUACAAGCGAUGGAUGAAGUUAAUUAUAUAUAUAUAUAUAUAUAUAUAUAUAUAUAUAUAUAUAUAUAUAUAUAUACUGUUUACCUCAAUCUCUUAAUUCUAUGCGUUUUUCCUGUAGUACUGGUAUAGCAUACAAAUUUUAUUUUGAAGAUUGUUUUUAUUUAUUUUAAUGUAUGUGAAUAAAUUAUAUCUCAAGUAAAUAAAAUGAAAUAUGUUUAUAUAUAUGCUUUCAAGCAUGUUUUCUUUCUUUGUGUACUUGUUGUUUGUACUUGAUAUUAAUUCAUUCAUCUUUGUCUUUCGUAACUAGUUAUAUUUCAUAAAUUACAGACUUGAUAAUAGAAAUUUGUACUCAUACUUAAUGUGAGUACCAGUAAAAAGGAUAAAUUAACACUUUAUUAUAAGUAUAAAGUACUAAAAAUUCGACUAAGUAAAUGUAUCAUUACCCACGUAUUUGUAUUUUUUUUCAAGCGUUUAGCUGUAAAAUGGAUUAGUAAUGACCAUUUCCAUACUAACAGUCGUGAGAACUUAACAAACCUUCGUAAAUUCGAAAUAUAACUAACGAAUUUUGGUGAAUUAUUCUAAUCAUCAUAUCCUUUUCACUUAUCACUUAUUGUUUGGUGUGAGGAAGAAAGUUAUUUACUGACUAUGAACGUAAUUGGAUGAUAUGCAGCUAUAGUGCUGUUAAAAUACUCAUUCGGUUAUCAAAAAACGGGUUUACGUUUGACCGUUUAUUUCCAUCGAAACCUUACAUAGAAUAAAUAAAUAGUCAUAGUUGAUAUUUAUAUUGUGGUUCCAUCUUGUUAAUCUCUUAAGAUUGUUGUUCCAAUUUUUCAUUGAUAUUUUGGACAAAGUCGUUUGCUUCGAUUGGGCGAUACAAUCAUUAUAUUUGUUUUUACCGACCGACCACGAAAACUCGAUUGUUGGAGACUGGUUAGUGAGUAGAAAAUUGUCGACGAUGGCAGGGCGAAAAUCCUCAUUGUUUGUUUCGCCUACGCAUAUGUGAUUUUAGGAUCAUGAAAGAUCGGUUAACACUAAUGUUAAGUAGCAAAUGUAGAAAACAGUCCUUAUCCACUUAGUUGCAACUAUUAUUCUUUAAAUUUCUUGUAAUACUUGAUUUCUUUUCGCUAUGGUCAACCAUGGUGUAUUAUUUAUCAAACUCUUUAAACUAAAAACCUAAUUUAAUUCUUUUAGGAUGAAACAACAGAAAUCGCUAUGAAUCAUAAGUAUUGGCCUAAAAAUGACUGAUCACAAUCGAUUAGAUUUGAACAACUUUCUGUUAAAAGUAUCAGACAAUUUUUUAUGAGAGAAACUGUGAUCAAGAGAAAAACGAGACUUGAUGUUAGUGAGUAGUAAGCUACCAGUGGACAGAAUCUCAGCAGAAAGUAAUUUGGAAAAUUGAACAUUUAGCACUAGGAAGGAAUACACCUUAGUGUUAUUGUUUGCACCUUUCUGAUCAUUAAGUUGGAUAAAAUAUUUGCUACACCUAGUCUGUUGUUGACGAUAUAUCUUUCAUUGGAAAACCGAUAUUAAUUUCAUUCUUCGUUGUAAAUUCUCUGUAAAUAAUACAUUAUUGUCUUCAUGGAGACAGAUGGACAGGUAUGAACAUAUUGAAAUGGUCGUUUGCGAUAGUUUGCUAUAUAGGCUGUGUAAAAACAUGCAAUCUACUAUCACUUCCAUAAAUAACGGUUUUACUGAGGUUGAUAUAAUCUUAAUUAUAUCAGCAAGUGUGAUAUUUUAGAAGUUCAAGCAAGUAUGUGUAAAAUUGAUGUGAUUUUUGUUGCAGAAUUGUAAAUUUCAGUUUAAAUUUAUUAACCGUAAUAUACAACUAUUUUUAAUAAAAGUAUAUCUGAUCAGAGUAAUCUCUACUUUUCGAAUGCUGAAAGAUAAUAGCAAAAAAGAAUUCAUUUUUGUUGACGUGUCGGUUGCAAUUAGUGUAUUUUCUUUGUUAGUCAUUCCUUAUCAACAUUCUUAUAGAUUUCUAUUCUUACAACUCAGUUAACCGCUCACGUCUAUUCACUAACCCCCAAGACGUAGAUGUUACCAGGUAUUGAAUGUUUAUGAAAUAUAUUUCUCCGUAAAUUUGCACACAAACCUACUUUUUAUUAUUUACCUGACAAACAUCCAUAAAUUUUAUGAUAUUUUAAUCCUUAAAGCAACACACUAAGCUAUUUAGUCGUGUUUAUUUAUACAUGUGAAUAUCGUAUACAGAUUCAGUUUCUUCCAAUGAGUUACAUCAAUCAAAAUUCAUUUAAAUAUGGGGGAUGUGUAUUAAUAAUAAUUUCUUCAGUUCAAAGUUUGAUACUUUAAUGUUUAGGUUAUUUAUUAUCCUUGUAUUUGCGCAGAAAUUCUCUAUAAGGAGAAUAUUGAUGAAAUGUCACCCAAGAUUAAGUAAUGCCAUACGUUUAUAAAAUAUAUCUCCAUCUUUUGUUUUAUAAACUGGCUUCUUAAGUCUCAUGAAUAGGUUAAACAAAAGGUUGUACCAUUGAUAUACCUAAAAUGGUUUAGCGUUGAUAAAAUCGGCAAGUUAACGUGCGUUUUUCAGGUCUUUUUGAUUUAAUGUUUUCAUUAUUGAUGGGUCUUAUUAGAAAUUCCAUGAAACUACUGUUCGACUAGUACAGUUUCACUCCUGGUUAACAAAUUUAAUAAAGAUAUUGCUACUUUAUAAUAAAAAUAACAUACUACUAAGAUAGGCACCAUUUAAAAAUAUUUACGUGACCACUAUUACCAAUAAGAUAACUCUAAAAUAAAUCUCUGUGUAUGCAGAUUGGAAAUACAUAUAGGAGCUUUACAUUUUAAAACAAAAAUUAAUAUUUUAAUUUGUUUCACUUAGAAGGUCUUGUCCAUCCUUGAAUACUACUAUUUAUGUGGUUCUCGAUGCAAAUUUUAUCGCGGUUAGUACAGCUUAACUAUAGUAUUAUUAAAUGAAAAGAUAUUUAGAAGUACUUUUGUUGUUUAGAUUUUAUUAGUUUAUUUUAUUUUAUUUGAACACAUAAACAUUGGUACAAGAGGGCACCAAAUAUGUAUGCGCCACACAUUUUCAUUACCAUUAUAUUUGUGUGUAGGCUAUGAUACUGCCCGGGUGCCCAGACCGAAACAGGUGGUUUUCUUAAGGGGCCACGCCCCGAGCCUUUGACCUAAAGGUCUGACCCACAAGGCAGUGGAGCAUUGUAAGGAGACGCAGUCCCAUGGUAGCCGGUGACCAAAAAUUGGUUCAUACGCCAUUUGUUCCUUUAGGAUACUGGAGCCCAUUUGCACCAUUGAUUUGGUUUGGGAUCCGGUUAAAGCGCUGGACAUCCGCUUUUCGUCCUCUCGAUUUCGUAAACAACACCCCCGUCACGAGAAGGCAGUGAGUUGGACUCCUCUGUCAGAGGCAUGUGAGAGCAUUUCGAGAGGGAGGGCGGGCCCACCCCACUCUCGGCCAUACCAGGGCAUUUGGGGGCAGAUGUUAUUAGUGCUAUUUAUAGACGGAAUGUAUUGAAAUUUAAUAAUAUUUCUUUAACAUGAAAUAGUAUACCGUUAUUACAGGUUUGUUUCUUCGGUAUAAUGCUAAUUUCAUUCCUUAUUUGGUUCAAAUUUAUGGUGCUUUUUGUUCAAACUAUUCGCAUUGAAAUAUGCUGUUUAUUUGCUAUUUGUUAUCUCUGUACUAGUAAAACUCACUAGUAUGUUUGUUACAGGUUACCUGUAUGACUCUGUAAGUUAUUCUUCGAUGGACACUAAUCACUCUUAUGAAUGAAAAUCCAUAAAUUUAUAAAAUAUUAUACUCAACAUCUUGUUUCGUUAAUUAUUUGUGUUAUCCAACAUCUGCAUCACAACAACUAAGUAAUGCUCCAUUACACCUGCAAAUAAUAUUACUAAACAUGUAUAAACAUAUCUGUUAAUGUUUCACAUCUUAGUAAUCUAAACCUAAAUCACCUUUGAGAUUUUUUCAGGCCUAAAAUCGCUUGUUCUGUUUGCCUUCAACGAAUUUCUUCAUCCGGUUUUCUAUAACUCUUACUAGGGAAUAUCCAUCGGUUCAUCCAAUAUUAAUUAAUUUUCAUGACGUUCUUCUGUUGACAAACUUUGUUUAAAUAAACUCCACAAACUUUAAGAGACAGAAUUCCUUUUGUCAAAACAUCCAAUAAUAUAGAUCAGUGGUAUAUCUGGUCAGAGUACUGCAUAGUUAAUUUAAUUACUGUUCUUUUUUAAAUUUUCAGGUUGAUAGUUGUUUGUUAGUGAAGAGCCAAUUAAUUUCGUUUGUACAUUAUUGUCGAUUAUUACAUCUCUGAUUAAUUCGAAAUCUUACAUAUUAAAUACUGAUACUCUAGGAUAUCGGUGAACAAGGUGAACUUAAACAUUUUUGAAUUAUCGAACAACGAUUCAAUGAACACCAUUAUAUAAACCAGUGUAUGAACACAAUUUGGUUUUUGCUAGUGUGAACCUUGAAUGACAAGAAUAUAAUAGUUUUGAUAUAAUUCUUGAUAAGUUUAAAGUUAAUAUAAUAUCAUUUUUUAACACAGAAGUAAAGCCAAUAAAUAUUACUUAUUUUUAUGGUUCUUGAUUCUUUUCAUGAUGUUAGUGUUUGUAACCUAAGUGUAAAUUGUUGAUAGAAUAUAAUAUACUGUCUCGUAAAUACAGUAGUAAUCUGUAGUAAGGUCGGACUUACAGUUUACUUAACAGCCAGUUGCUUAUGUUGGGUAUACAAAUAUAAUAAUUACCUAGCAGUUUAUUGAAGGUGAAGUCAUAUUUUAAUGUCGUACAACGAUUAAAAAGUAAAAAGCAACUCAAUUCUCGCUCUUAUAUUAUGUUUCUAUGUUAUGAUCUGGAUAGAGCUCACCAGUAACAUAUUCUUAUGACAUGAAUUCCCAUUCGACGGCGAACAUCGCAGCCUCAAAUGCUACGAAUAUAUCUUUCUAUUUAGUCCAAACCUGCAAAAACCCUUUGACCACUGAAUGUACUUUUGGAAUAUUGGUUUGUUCUACAUAAUUAUCACCACUCUUUUGUUCAAAAGUUUUUAUUAUUUUAAUGAUGUAAAUUUGUAUUCUUUUUUAUUCGUUCUUCAGUUUGUUAAUCAAUUCUCUUUAUUAGUUUUAGAUUAAUACAAGCAAGAAAGAAUACCAUGCUGAAAAAAUGUUUGAAUUUGUGUACAUUUCCAAAUUGUUACAUUUCAAAUGUGAUUGAUCAACUACUAAUCAGAUCUAAACUUAAUAAUAACCAAUGUUAUCAACUCCAGUACUCAACUACACCUGUUCAGAAUGUUGUAAACAAUUCUGCUGAACUGACAACUGAUAAAUCUCCAUAUCCAAAAUAUCUGUCUUGGACAGAUCCACAUGAAUUGGCUCACUAUCUUAGUCAGCGUAUUGUAGCUUUAACUAAACAUUUUGUUGUGAUUGAUAAACCACCUAAUCUUUCUGUUUGGGGUCACUCACUAGCCAGCCGUGAAGCUAUUUCAAUGAUUAAUCCUAAAUUAUACAAUGCAUCAGAUCUUGGUAUAAAUGAUUGUUUACCACAAUUAAACACUAUAAUCACAUCGUUGGAACGGGAACAACAGGAUACUCAUAAUGAUAAUUCAUCGAAUUCAUGUGGAUCUAUUGAAAUUCCUAAAUUGUAUAUCAUUGAAUCUUUGCCAGCUGCUUAUUCCGGUCUCAUUUUAUUGGGUAGAAAUGAAAAAUAUACUAAUGCUGCUCGUAAAUUUUAUAAAACUGCGAUGCUUGGAGGUAGUCCUUGGGAACUAUAUCAAAAACUCCUAAUUGUUUGUUGGGGUAAACCACAACAAAUUCAGUCAAAACCAACAUCAUUUCCGAUUGCUGCUUAUGCAUUACAUGAUCAUCUGCGUGUCGGUUAUAGCUCAUUUAUGCAGAUUGACUAGCGCGUAAAAAACGAUCAAUCAAUGAGACAUAUGUCUGUAUAUCUAAGUUGUUUUUGUUCCACGUUUUAUUUUAUGUCUAUAAUCUCUAUGUUUAUAUGACUUUAAGGGUGUUUUUGGCUACAUAACCGAUUCUUCUAGACAAAUACACCAUUUUUUUAUAUUUUGUACUUUUCUUUGUAUUUUUCUGUAUAACUUCUACCUGUCUCCAUCUAUCGAUCUCUUAAGUUUGAUUAAAGCUUAGUUUUUUGAAUAAAAUUAUCAAACUUGAAAGUUCGGCGUUUCUGGUUGAUUGGACCAAUACACUUGAAGUCUUAUAGUUCUGUGGUUAGACUCACUAUGUAAUAGCAACAUACAUUGUAUAAGAACUAUGGUUAACUGGUCCAGUCAGUUAGAUUUCAACCGACAGGAUAAAGUCUUAUAUUUUACUCUCAGUUUAGUUUGGUCAUUCCCAUAAACCUUCAAUUUAACGUAGUACUUGAGCUCCAUUAUUAGAAGCAGUAAAUUUAAGUUCCAAGGGUGAAGUUGUACUGAGGUAUGAUGAUAGUUAAGUGCUUCUCUCAGACUACCAGCCUUUCCAGCAAUUCUGCCCUUACUCAGUGAAAGGUAGAAGUUAGAAAAAGUCGACCCUAAAAUAGCAGCCCCUAUGUUGUCCCACUGGUUUUCAUCACUUGUGUUAAGUUUUGAAAUAUGCAAAUCUAGCUCAUCUAAAACCUUUCACAUAACAUUCUUGUAUUACCUGUCUCAAACAAGUAUCCCUUGAGUUUUAUAGUCAAGCUCUUAAGUUUACAAAACCAACACUAACCUAGUUUUCUUCUCAGAUUCUUCUCGGAGAAGGAUUGCCAUUCAAUAGUGUGUGUAACCGGGAUACGAAAACCAGUUUCAUACCCCUAACAGCACGUGACAUAAACCUUCACAAAGCAAAUGUAUCUCAUGCUGCCGUUCAACCUCUUAUGAAAGCUUCAUUUAUUAGUGAACAAGUAUUUGACAACACAAUAUAUAAUAUAAGCAAAGAUGAAUAGUGGUUAGCAGUGGGAUACAGGAUGCGCGUUUCGUCCUAUUUGGGGCUCGUCAGCUGGAUAUACAGUAGAUAAUUGAUUGUUAGUUCAUAUGAUAAAUGUGUUAAGAUUUCAUGAUCACUUUUAUAAUUAAUAAAUAAAUGUACUUGAAAUAACCUGAGUUAAUGUAUAUAAUAUAAUUUUGCAGAAAAACGUAACCAGUAAAAAUAAUUUAAGUCACCUUAACUCUGCUCUAGAAGUUGAAGAAGAGUUAUGAUACCUCAUACCUUAAGUCGAGAUUCUUCGGAGGUCACAAGGACAGUCCUCCUUUUGGUAAUCAGAGUAACAAAUAAUGCAGGUACGUGGAAUAGCCAGACAUUAUAGUAUGCAAAAAGGAUCAUUCAAAUAACUACAGAAAUGAGAGAAUUCAACCUUGCUUUGUUUAGAAUAUGAGGAACUUAUUAGACACAAGCUGAGCAGAAAAGAUAGCUUCUGGACAGAUUCCGUUGUAUUCUGGUCACAAACAAGGAGAAAAUGUCUCGGACACACAAGAGAUUCCACUGAUUCUACUCAAGGAAGCACGAAAAAACACUUAUAGGAUGGGAAUCUCACCGCUCUAGCAUCAUCAAAGUAUCCUCUAAAACAAAGAAGAAGAGGGUUACAAUCAAUUUCACCCAGUGCUAUCCCCCCCCCAAAAAAGUGGUAGCAACGAAGACGAUAAAGACCAGUUUUCUUAGGGGCUACAGUUCAUUGUAGAGACCUGUCCAAGGAAAAACCUGACCGUCGUAAUAAGAGAUCUGAGUACCAAGGUCAAUAUGCAAAUAUCGAGUAUGAAGACAUCAUGAGACGACAUGGACUUGAAGAAAGGAACGAGAAUGGCAUAUAUAUACUCAAAUUUCAUUUUUUUUCUUACAUAUUCAACUUCUCAUUAGUAAAACUAUUAAGCAGUAAGUACAUCAAUAUUCAACCAUAUUAAUAUUUGUUGUUUAUUUUGACUUGUUUCCACUGUUUCUAGACCACCUCCAAAUGAAAUUUCGAAAAGUUUAAAAUUGAAAGGUGUUAUUCUAGAAAAAUCUGUUCACCAUACAAUUCUUUCCGAAGGUUCUGAGAAUUCCAGUCUUGUCAAACUUGAAACAAACAGUCUAUAUCGUGGUUUACCUGAAGUCUACUUAUUAUAUGAAGGUUGCACUGUUGUCGGAGAAACAUUUCAAGCUUCACGUCUUGUGAACACUGGGAUAUCACCUAUUGUCUUACCGCCUAAUAAAAUUCGCUUAAACUAUUCUAUACCACUAAAACAACGUCGAAUUCUUGGUCAAUCCAAUAUUAAUUUCGAAGAUAUACCAGUUCAUAUUCAUCGUUCCCAUUUAUAUCUACCUAUACCAUUUUAUAUGAAUGCCUCAAAUUUAUGUAUAAAAUCAUAUGUUAAAAAGCCUUCACAUCUUUUUAAAAUCAAAUCUGAAAGUUUUUCUUUAAAAUCUUGUAAUAUAUCAUCAAAACCUAGUCCCUUAUCAUUAUCAUGUGUUAAGCAGGAAGUCGACAGUGAUACAAUACCGACAACAAAGACAACAACCAGUAAUAAUAGUAAUAAUAAUCGUACAAUUAAUUAUUACUUCCUAACGUGUCAUUCAUAUGAAUUGCCUGAUUAUUUUUCUAAUACUUUAGCUCGUCUUGGAAUUGAAUUUGAUUACGCUAAUUGGUUAGAACAAAACAUUAUAAAUAAUAAUAAUGAUAAAAUUAUAAAUAAAAUCACCUAAAUUAUUAAAUUUCAUCUUUUUUUCUUUUUACUAAUGAUAAUUAUCAGUGUGCAUAGGUACGUAUGUGCUUUGCACCUUCGAAGUGCAAAGUACUUCUAUAAGACUGGUAGGAUUAUAAUCCUGUACUCACCCUGGGUGGUGAGCAAAUGGAAGUAGUCGAGAAGUUCGUGUAUCUAGGUAGCUGCAUAAGUGCUGGUGGUGGCGUAAGUCUUGAAAUCAAUUCACGUAUAGUGAAAGCAAGAGCAACUUAUGCCAAUUUGGGCCAUCUUUGGCAUCUUCGUGAUGUUAGUCUGGUUGUAAAAGGUUUGACCUACAACGCGUCAAAGAGAGCACUUUUGCUCUGUUUGUGAAACCUGGCUUAUUGGAGUUGAGAAUAUUAGACGAUUCUGUGUUCGAUCAUCGUUUUCUCCGAAGGAUUGCUGAUAUCCAGUUGCAACACCAUGUUAAUAAUGCAGAGGUUCGGCAUCGUGUGUUCAGACACAGACGAUAAUUAAAUUGGGCUGGCUUCUGUUGGUCUUUCACGACUCCCUGGCUGGGGUCCGAGAGAUGGUGCUACACAGUGGCUAGAGACGUUAUCAGAUAUGGCUCAGAAUAGAAGCCAGUGGCGAUGCUGCUGUAACCUACUUUUACUUUUUUCAUAAAAGGUGGUUGUAACUUCCUUAACUGAAAGAAUCCUUCUGGUUUUGCCUUCCCAUUUCCGCAUUAUUAUUAUCAUCACACUACCUUACACUAAUCUGUUCGUUAUUGUUCUUUUUUUUACGCUCCUUACCCCCAUUUUUUUCUCUUCGAAUUCUCAUCGUUUUGUGUGACGCAUAUAUAUUUGGUGCCCUGCUGUACCAAUAUUUAUGUGUUCAAAUAAACAAAUAAUGAUAAUUAUCAACCGACAAUGUGUAUAUAAUAAACUAC